CGCCAAGUAGCGAAAAUGGCAGCAGCUAAGAAAAUGAGGCUUGAUGAUGAGCAAAGUGUUGAAGUCGAGGGAUACGUCCAUAACGUUUCUCCAAUAAAAGUUUCAAGAAAUAACAACAACUAUUUCAAUGCUGUCUUUCAAGACGAGGAGAAAUAUACAGAUCUUGUGUGCUUUGUACCAGAAUACAAUGGUAUUCUCAAGGAAAUGGAGAAGACAAAGAGUCCAGUCUCCCUCUCGAAAAUAGAAAAAACAGUCAGUGCUAGAACAGGAGCAUACGACAUUAAAGUUACAUCGAAAUCAAAAGUGUCAGCUCCAGCAAGACAGUUGAAAUUCAGAUUCGAAGACCCAGAUAUUCAGAAACUGAUGACCAUCAAUGAAGCAAAAGGACUGAAUCCAUUUCAAAAGAUCACGAUUCAAGGGAAAGUAAUGAAUAAAACAGAUCCAAGCCUCCAAACCAUCAAAUCAGGUGAAAUAAUAAAAAGGUCCUAUGUCACAGUAGCAGAUGCAUCUGACACAAUCCAAGUCUGUGCUUGGGACAAGCACAUUGAUCAGUUGGAUCUUGCAAAGUCGUACAGAUUCACAGCUGUAUCACUUCGCAGUUUUGAUGGCAUUAAGUCCAUCACAACUUGCCCAGACACCAAUAUUCAAGAGAUCCCUGACCUUGGAUUUGUAAAAGCGGGAGAAACUGAUGCCAUCAGUGUUACAGAUACAAUGACCAUCGACUCUGUAUCGUGCAAUUCUCUCACCUUGUGCACUGCUUGCAACAAGGAUAUUGGACUUUUCAAUCCAAGCAUCAAUACUGUAAAAUGUCAAAAUUGUCAUAUGCGACAAAAAACGGCAAACUUGCACAAAACAUUUAAGAUUCAAGUGAAUUGUAAAUUUGCUUCUAAUGCUCAGCCAAAAAAAAUGUCUAUUUCUCAUUCCGUUUUGAGCAACUUCACUGAAACCAGUGAGUUAAAGUCAGAAAAUCAGAUUGAGGAUUAUUUCCUCUCCAAAACCAACUUCAAAGUUGAAGUUACUCCUUCAAAAUCUCAGAUUCUAAAGAUUUUGGAAGCAAAUUAA